AUGGCGAAUUAUAAAGAACCAUUCAAAGGUGGACAUGAAGGAAUUAAAGAAGAGGGAAUACUUGAAGAAACUGAUAUUAAAAUGGAGAAUGAACGAAUUAAACUUGAACAACAAUUAAAUACUGAAUUAAUUAUUAAAGAUGAAAUAUUUGAUGGAAAUGAUUUAGAAUUUCAUAAUAUUGAAAAUGAAGAAACAUCUUUAACAUGUGAAAUGUGUGAUAAAACAUUUUCACAGACCUGUAAUUUAAUUCAACAUAAACGAAUUCAUACUGGGGAAAAACCAUUUUCAUGUGACAUGUGUGAUAAAACAUUUACUCAGAAAAGUCAUUUAAUUCAACAUAAACGAAUUCAUACUGGGGAAAAACCAUUUUCCUGUGAACUGUGUGAUAAAACAUUUAAAUGUAAAGGCAACUUAGUUCAACAUAAACGAACUCAUACAGGUGAAAAACCUUUUGCAUGUGAAGUUUGUGAUAAAACGUUUUCUAUGCGAAGCAGUUUAAAACAACAUGAACGAAUUCAUACCAAGGAAAAACCUUUUUCAUGUGACAUGUGUGAUAAAACAUUUUCACAGACCUGUAAUUUAAUUCAACAUAAACGAAUUCAUACUGGGGAAAAACCAUUUUCAUGUGACAUGUGUGAUAAAACAUUUACUCAGGCCAGUCAUUUAAUUCAACAUAAACGAAUUCAUACUGGGGAAAAACCAUUUUCAUGUGAACUGUGUGAUAAAACAUUUACGCAUAAUUAUCAUUUAAUUCGACAUAAACGAACUCAUACAGGUGAAAAACCUUUUUCAUGUGACAUGUGUGAUAAAACAUUUGCGCGGGAUUCUGGUUUAAUUCAACAUAAACGAAUUCAUACAGGUGAA